UUUGGACAAUAAAAACCAUUUAAUUAUUAUUAUUAUUAUUUCAGGGGGUAUUUUAGGGGGAUCAGAUAUAGGAAUCUUGAAUCCGCAAAUUAGUCCAGCGUACGAGGAUCUACCGGAAUGUGAGAUCACGCAGUUCGCCUGCCCGUGCGCGGGCUCAGUGGAUGGAUGCUGCAUCAUGGCCAACUGGGUCUGCGAUGACUUUGACGACUGCACAGACGGCAGCGACGAGGCAGUCUGUGAACUAGAAGACGAGGGAGAUUGGAUUGCCGUGCAGGGAGGUUGGAUCUUGGACUCUAUCGGACAGAACGCUGCGUACGCCGUGGCGGACUCGUCCAGAGGCAGCAUCUGGAACGCGGGAGGACAGAACCAAUACUACAACAACUGGUACAUCGUCAUGGACUUUCAGGUGCCUCACACUGUCCAGCAUCUCCGCCUGAUUAACUACGGAGACCUGUACCACGACAUCAUGUCCUUCCGUCUCGAAACCUCCCCGACCGCCGAGCCUUACCAGUGGACCGAGGUGUACUUCACCGACACCGCCCAGGUCGAACACUCCAUCCCGCAGAUCUUCAGCGGCUUCUCGGGGUCCGGCCGCUACUGGAGAUUCACGGCUACCGAGACUUUCGAGGGAUGGCAGCCAUGGCUGAAGGACCUGAAGUUUCAUGGAUUCAUCACUCCCGAAGAAACCACCACAACUACAGCUCCUACAACCAUCCCAACGACCACCACGGAAGCCGAGACAACCACCACUACCGUCGCACCGCCGAUACCAACGACGUCAACCACACAGGCGACUACAUUCACCCUCCCCACAGAGCCGGACAACAAUUCCACCAGUCCGCCGCCCACGGCACCACUCAUUAACGCCACACAGCGGAUGGGAGAAGGCGGUGCAGUUGGGGCGAGCACGGGCGGGGCAUCGGGAGGGGCGGUGGCGGGCGGCGUGGUCGGGACGCUGGCCGUUCUGGGAGUGGUCGGCGCCGCCGGAGGAUACCUGCUGUACAAGAAGAAGCGAACAGCUGUGGAGCCUAAAGCCUAG